AUGUCUCAGGUCGACAUUCCCAUCAAGCAGACAGCGGCGCUCGUGCUGAAACAAGGUGGACCUGUUGUCUUUGACGAUGACUAUCCCGUCCCACGGCCCGGUACAGACGAGGUUCUGGUCAAGGUGCUAUACACCGGUGUCUGUCAGAGUGACCUGCACACCAAAGCUGGGACGGCAACGGGUGCGGAUGGCCAGCCCAUCACGAACAUCAAGCUCCCUCACGUCGGCGGACACGAAGGCGUGGGACGAGUCGUGGGAUUUGGGCCCAACGUGUCCCCGAGGGACGACCUUCAACUCGGGACGUUGGUGGGCAUACGCUUCGCAUCGCGCGUGUGCCACCAAUGCGAGUAUUGCACCUCCGGGAGAGAGCAGCACUGCACAAACGCGACGAACCACCUCCAUCACGAGGACGGCAGCUUCCAGCAGUACUGCGUCCUCGAUACGAAAUACCUGACCUUGUUGCCCCAGGACGUGGACCCCAAGGUCGUCGGGCCUACGCUAUGUGCGGGUGUGACCGCAUAUAAGGCAAGAAGACAUCAGGCUGUGGUGAACGCCCGGCUCAAGGAAGGAGAAUGGCUGACGGUCAUUGGCGCCGGCGGAGGUCUAGGCCAUUUCGCAGUUCAGUACGGUCUUUGUCUUGGUGCAAAGGUGCUCGGCGUCGACGCCGGUGACGACAAGAGGCGGUUUGUGGAGGACCUGGGUGCUCGAUUCCUCGAUUUUAGCAAAUGCAAGGAUCUUGCGCAGGAAGUCCUGAAGAUCACUGGAGGGGGUACGCACGCCACGGUCGUGACGAGCGGCCAUCCUCGAGCCUUCCGACGAUUGGCCGACAUGACCAGGGUAGGUGGUUCGUUGUGUAUGGUAGGGAUUCCUCCGGGCGAGGUGCAUCUAGACAUCCCCAUCGCCACCAUCGUCAUCAAGGGCUUGAGAAUCCAGGGCAAUCUGGUGGGCUCGUUGAAGGAAACGCUGGAAGCGGUCGAACUGGUGCGGGACGGCAAGGUUAAGCCUCGCGUGCAGAUUCGUCCAUUCAGAGAGCUGCCCGAGGUGUAUCACAUGCUUGAAAAGGGGGACAUCCCCGGUCGGAUCGUGUUGGAGGUGUAA